AUGAGUCUUACGGAAUUCGCGAUGUUAUUCGAACCAUUCUAUGACAAGAAAAUAAAUGAAACAGAAGAAAGUGCUGAUCAUGAUGGUUACGAAGUUCAGUCGAAUGUCCAGAGUCCAGUGCUAGUGGUGGAGCUGAACCUGGACAGAAUAGAAGGCACACAGCUCCGCGCGCUGGGCCUGCUCGCCGUGUACGGGUUCAACGUGACGUACGAGGUGCGGGCGGCCGCGCAGGCGCCGGGGCCCACCUCCUGCAGCGCCAUCGAGUGCCGCCUGCUGGGACACUGCUAUGCCAGCCAUGAUUAUCGGGAGUUUUACUGUUCGUGUUUCGAUGGUUACUCCGGCGCGGACUGCGGAGUGGGUCCGCUGUGUCCCACGACCUCCAACAUGUGUAAAAAUGGCGGCACUUGCAGACAGAUGGGUCCGGCCGCCGUCAGCUGUAUCUGCGCGCCCGGCUACACAGGGGACCUGUGCGAGGCCCAGGUAGCGCCGCCUGAAUGUGGUAUAGAAGAAUGUGCAGAAGUUUGUAAAGACGGGACAGCUUGUGAUUGUAACCCUAAGGACACAGACGCGUUAUCAGCGCGUUUCGAAACAAGACUACAAGUAGUGGGUCUACCAAAUGAAAACAUAUCGGAUGAAAUUGCGAAACAGCUAACACAAUUUUUGAAGGCAUCAAAUAUUACUUUAGAAGAUGAUGUACAAGUGUUGAAUACAAGUGUAACAACUAAAGAAGGUAUAAGGGAUGCUUGGGUGCGAGUGUGGAGUUCUAGGCGCGAGGCACCAGCAUUACGGGCAGCACUGGCACGUCUCGCUUCUGCACGUACUCGUCUCCUACCUACCACCACGCAUUUUGAAAUGCAUCCAGCGCUGAGUUUGCACAAACUGGUUGUGAACCAACGUCCUGAAGUAUGGGAGGGGUCAGAAUUCAUACUAACUUGUAUGGCAUAUGGAUCUCCAAACAUGGCCUUUACGUGGUACAAAGACAGCGUCAAAAUAAAUUUCAACGGUACCACAAGGGACAUUUGGACACGAACAGUGUCAGAAGACGCACUCGGUCGUCGAAUGUCAGUACUAGGUGUAACAGAGGCGGAGAGAUUAGAUAGUGGGAAGUGGUCCUGUGCUGCAGACGAUGCUGGCAGGAGACGCUGCAGAGCGUUGAGACUGACAGUGCUGAGACCUCCUGAGAUACGCUUGGUGCCGUCUACCUUAACUGUUAAUAGAGGUGAUAAUGUAACAAUAACCUGUCUGGCGGGAGCUGGACGGGUGCAUGGUGCUCUCGGAUUCAGUUGGGCAAGAGAGAGAACACUGCUUCCCAUGGCACCAGGUGGCACCAGUGAGUUCCGAUGUCAAGUGUCAUCAGUGGCUGGCACCAAUGCCAAAGCUGUCACUAUGUGGGCUCUCGGUAGUGGUGACGCGGCGUGUGAGAGUGACGCCUCUCACGGCUUGCGCUGGCCAAAAACAGCUCCUGGAGCACACGCGACUGCAUCUUGUCCACCGGGACACAGCGGGGAAACUACCAGGUUUUGUGAGCCAAAGACUGGAGAUCACGGUGUUAAAUGGAGAUUACCAGAUUUUUCCGGAUGUGUCGCGGACUCAUUGAGGGAUAUUUAUGAACAGUUCACCCUGAUAUCGAUGGGCUACUCGUGGGGCUCGGUGUCGCACGUGUCGCGGCAGUACGGAGCCGUGCUGCGCUCGCUGCCGACACACCCGGGCGAGGGCGAGCCCCCCCUCACACACGCAGUACACAUGCUCAACUACCUCAUGUCUCCUGCCGCCCAGCCGCCCGAUAGGUACAACAGUACGGAACACCUGCUCAACAUUUACGACAACCUGCUCAAACAUCCCGAUGCUUUUUUGGAUGAGGAAAAAAUUUUCGAUCUUCAAAAUGCUGUGGUGGAUACUGCAGGCCUGAGAAGUAGCUUCAAUAAGCGUUACCACGAGUUCACGGUUAUGUCAAAACCAGUUCUUGAAGACAAUGCGGCACACUUUGACCUUCAGCCAGCAUUAGCGGAGAGAGAAGAGUGGGCUGUGUCGUCAGCGGGAGUUGAACUCGUUACGAAAACUGAGAAUGCGUCUGUGGUUACCGCUCUUUAUCACGACUUGGGAGCAAGGUUGCCUUCACUAAAGAGAUUCGUCGAGUAUAAUUGUAGCAGCAACUCUUCCAGGUCUGGUCGUGCGACACAGUACACAAUAGCAUCGCAACAAAUACAGCUUUCCGUCAGUGGCGCAGGAGUUGACAAUACUCUCCUUCAUACUGUGACCUUGCUGUUUACACACUCGAAGAACUACAGCGCCAUCGGUCCUCAGCUAGCGUGCGGGAGUCGGUCGCGGUCCUCGCCGCGCGUGUGGAGCACUCACACAUGUGAGCUACGUGUACAAGAGCAGACUUACAUCGCCUGCCGCUGUCGAGGAAUUGCGACCAUCGCGUUAUUUACCGUCGAUAGUUUGGGUCUCACGGAUGCUGAGAGCGACUCGCGAGCUAUUGUGAAGAUCACAGUUAGCCUGGGCAGUGCGAUGUGUCUCGUGGCUGCACUGUUACAACUCCUUAGCCUCGUAGUGGGAAGUAAAACGAGACUGCCAGUACUACUCAGAGCUGCUACUGCCGCUACACAUUCUGCAGCUAUGUUAACGCUUCUUGAAUGUGAUACGAAGCAGACAUCUGCGUGUGUCGGGCCUCUGGGUUGGGCAGUAGCGGCGUGCUGGUGCGCGGGAUGUGCCGCUUUAUGUGCACAACCAUUGCUACUACACACUGAGUUGGCGGCCACAGCCACUCGAGCGCCAUCUGUGGGGCUAUUGGCAGGUGUGAGCACUUUGUGCUGGCUGACAGCUCGAUUGUGGGGCGGAGCGCCAUUGCAGCUAGGUGCGGCUGCCAAUGCGGUCUGUGGAGCAGGCGCUGCACUACUAGCCGCGCUUACACUCUGUCUCGCACUCUGCGCUGCCAGGACACUGCGAACAGUCACCCAAAAGCUGCCGCCCGACAGACGCGAGUAUGUGCGGGAACGUGCGCGAGUGGUGCGCCAUACAUUAGUGCUACUCUUCACUACUAUAGCGACACAGAUUGCAGGGGUAGCUUACGCGCAGCCUGGGGAGAGGACUAUACUUAAAGUUGUAGCGCUUUCUGUCGCUGCAUUAGCCAAUGGUCUAGCAAUGUUGAUAUGCUACGUGAUCUGUGACGAGGAGUGUUUACGAGCAGCUCGGCGGUUACUCACGCUCUCCUCAAACAAUGAAUGGCACGAUUCCCCUGAAGGAGACACAUCACUUAGUUUGUACAUAAGACAAGGGCGUGAGAUGGAGUGUCGCGGCGCGGUGGGCUCGCUGGAGUGCUCCUCGUCGCACGUGUCGCCCGCCAACACGUACUGGCGCGCCACGCCGCUGCAGAGCCCCUUGCACCGGCGCGGGUCGAGCGGCGCGUGUGUGGCGGACAUAGUGCGCUGCGUGGAGUACAAGCAGGCAUUACUACCACCGCGCAAUGUCCACACACGGACACUCUGCGACCUCAUACCUAUUGGCGGUGCAGAGCCUCGUGUGUCCCGGGUAUGUGUGGAACUAGGAGUGCUACCUGAAGCGUCACAAACUACCGUCACGGACCCCAGUACUUUCCAGCCGUCUAGCGAUACAAGCGACAUAUCAAAGGCCAACUGCACGCUGUGUGCAAAGUCCACUCCAGACGUUUCAGCAACGAGCACAGCUCCGCGUCCAAUCAAGAGUUGUCUAAAGAAGCGUUCGCCUCAGCUGUCGUGGAGCACAUCGUUACCGUCCAUAAACCAUGAGAGCGACGAGAGCAAUUCCCACCUACAGCUAGUGGACACACAGUCCCAAACCCCGAGCACGCACACCACAUUCACACAGACAGACAAAGUGCUGCACAAAAUAUCCCACGACCUGGACUUCCUGCUCAACAGGACGCCCAGUCGCGUCGCGGACAACUGUCCGCAGCAGAUAGAGGAAGCACCCACUUAGUGCACGGAGAUGUAAGGCUUAGUUCUAAGUUGUAAGUAAACUGAUGACUGAUGGAGGCAGGGAGCAACAUUACAUUAAUUGUGUACAUACUCUGCUGUAAAUAUAGUAUUCAUUCUAAUUCUGUGAUUGUAUUAUAAUAGGAAAAAGUAUAAAUUAUUUUUAGUUAAAUGGAAAUAUAGAGGGAGUAUAAGCUGUUUGAAAGUGUUUUUAUCACAACAAUA